CAUAUACUCCUGCUCCUGUUUACAGAUAUAAAGCUUCUUUCAUAGCUAUUAAUAAUAGAAAGAGAGAGAGAAGAAAUCAUCACUUGGAAAAGAAAAAAAAAAAUAAUAUGUUCUCUUUUUAGCUCUCAUGGACACUUCUAGGGAGAAGCAACUGCCUUCAGAUCCCUCUUGCAUGGCUUCCUCCACAGCUUUUCCAUGUCAAGAUUCUCUAAACCAGAGCCAAGAACAGAGUUUUAAAGGUGAAGAAACAGACGUAAAUGAUUCUACUCAAGAACUCAGUCUCCUCGACUGCAUAGACACGAGUAUCAAUGUUAACCAGAGUUAUAACGGGUCGGCUACAUCCACGGAACACAAACUAUUCUCAUGCAACUACUGUCAAAGAUCUUUCUAUAGCUCACAAGCACUUGGUGGUCACCAAAACGCACACAAGAGAGAGAGGACGUUGGCAAAGAGAGGGCAGCGAAUGGCAGCAUCAGCUUCGGCUUUUGGACAUCCUUACGGUUUCUCUCCAGUUUCUUUCCAUGGACAAUACAAUAACAGGUCUUUGGGGAUCCAAGCGCACUCGAUGAGCCACAAUAUAAGUUCAUAUAACGGGUUUGGUGGUCAUAUCAACUGGUCAAGACUACCACUUGAUCAACAACCAACAAUAGGUAAACUUUCUUCAAUGGAUCAUUUUCAUUUUCAUCAUAAUCAGCAGCAGCAUCAGACGAUGAUGAUGUGCCCUUCAGUAACUUCACGAUCCAAUAACAUGGCUAGAUCAUCGAGCAACAUAGGAAGGAAUCUAGUAGGGUCACUGACUCUUGAACAAUGGCAAGGAGACGAAGGAUUGUUAAGCACAAUUCAGGAAGAGAAGCAGAAUCUUGACUUAUCCCUCAAGCUUUAAAUGUCUUUUUCUUGAUUCUUGCAUUUAGUAUAUUUUUCUGUGUUUUCAUUGAUUGUUAUCAAUUAACACUCUUAUGUGUAUAUGUUCCUGUCUAGUAAAAAUAUCUAAUGUACAUCUUUUCACGUA